GUCGAGCCAUUUAAUGAAAACAGAGUUGAGAGCUCUGGGCUCUCAGUGGAUUGAAUACUUUGUAACACUCACAAAUUCACACACAGUCGUUGAGAUUUAAAAUGAAGCAAAUAGUAUACCUGAGCGCCAUUUUGGCGAUAGCUGUAGCCCAAAAUGCACCAGCUCCUCUUCAAGCUAGAGUUCGCAUUUCGGAUCCUUUCAAUGAUAACCAGAUCCAGGGCAACUUGACCUUCACCCAGCUGGAUGAGCACAAGGUCCGCGUGGAGGGCGUCAUCGCAGGUCUACCACCUGGACAGUACGGCUUCCACGUGCAUCAGAAGGGAGAUAUCACGGGAGGAUGCUUAUCAACUGGACCUCACUUCAAUCCUGAAAAUAAGGACCAUGGACACCCUAACGAUGAAAACCGCCACGUUGGCGACCUGGGAAACAUAGAGUUUGAUGAGAACAGCGUGAGCAGAAUAGACUUCGUCGACAGCAUGAUAUCUCUCUACGGACCUCAUUGUAUCUUGGGCCGUGCUGUGGUCCUCCAUGAGAAGCAAGAUGACUAUGGCCGCGGACGUCACCCUGACUCCAGGAAGACAGGCAACGCCGGAGGAAGAGCUGCUUGUGGAGUCAUUGGCAUCUUGUAGGAUAAUAAAUAUGUUGCAAUAUAAAAUAAAUAGUCUUAAGCAUAACCCGAUAAGAAAUUUACAAAUGAGAUUUAAAUUGAGAUUAGGAUGUCUGUGAUUUAAGGCCAUAACAAAUAAAUUGUCCUUUUUUAAACGAGUUUGUUAUUUCAUAUGCAGACUGUGUAGGCCAGUACUUAUAUAUUAAGGACGACAAAAUUUAUAGACAUACUUAUUUAAAUAAUUGUUAUGUUUUUAAAGCGAUAACCCUCACUUUUAGGAUUAAUACCCAAAUAAAAUUUGAAAACAAAAUUUUAUGAACGAUGCGGGACUCGAACCAACAACCUUUCUUUGCUCAACUCUCAGGUUGUGGCUUCAUCUACAGGAUCUACAUCACAAACAAACCAUACAAGAUUUUAUGACGAUACGUCACUCGAACGGUUAGCUCAGUUGACAGAGUACUCGCACGGAACGGGAGAGGUCGUUGGUUCGAGUCCCGCAUCGUUCAUAAAAUUUUGUUUUCAAAUUUUAUUUGUUACAUACUUAUUAUCUUAUCUAAAAUAGAAAAGCACUUGUAUAAAAAUGCGAAAUGAUA